AUGGCAGUCUCACCCCGCCUGGAGCUGACCUCCGAGGAGCAGCAGCUCUUUGAUACCCUCCUGGCCGCAUCCAAGCAGGCCGGCUUCCCCACCACCCUGCGCUGCGCGGGGGGCUGGGUGCGCGACAAGCUCAUGGGCCGCGCCUCUGACGACAUCGACGUGGCGCUGGACGACGCGCUGGGCAGUGCCUUUGCCGAGGCGGUGAACGGGUACCUGGCGGGCCAGGGGCAGGGCGUGCACAGCGUGGCGGUCAUCGCCGCCAACCCGGGCCAGAGCAAGCACCUGGAGACGGCGCGCAUGCGCGUGCACGGCCUCUGGCUGGACCUGGUCAACCUGCGCUGCGAGGAGUAUGCCGCGGGGUCGCGCAUCCCGGCCAUGCGCUUUGGCACGCCGCGCCAGGACGCGGAGCGGCGCGACUUCACCAUCAACGCCCUGUUCUACAAUAUCAACAGCGGGGAGGUGGAGGACCUCACCGGGCGGGGGCUUGCCGACCUGGAGGCCGGCGUCAUCCGCACCCCGCUGCCCCCACGCCAAACGCUGCUGGACGACCCGCUGCGCGCGCUGAGGGCCGUGCGAUUCGCCGCGCGCUUCGGCUUCGAGCUGGAGGAGUCCCUGGUGCACGCCGCCGCGCACCCCGAGAGCCUCUGCACCACUGCACGACGUUACAAGUGCUGCGCGGCAUAG